UUCCUCACGUAACGAUAAUUUUUAUAUAAAAAUAUGUUGUGCUUAGAUCGAAGAGCAUAAUUUCUUCAACAUGGGACCUUUAUACCUAAUUAUAGCUUUAUUAAUACAGAAUUCGUACACAGAAACAAUAACGGAUAAUGAAGACAAUCAAAUUGAGUCAGUUAGUGAAAGUACAGUUAAAGAAUAUGAAACCGCACCCAAAGAUUGGAUGGAUAUGUUCGUAGGUUCCAGUAGUAACAUUUUCCCAACGUCCUCCGCGACUCUCAUGGCUCAAGCAACGUUCUCUGACAAAUCCCCAGAGGAACAACUUGAAGAAAUAAAAGAUAUAGCUGAACACAUAACAAAAGCUAUACAGAGUGAAAUGGCCAAUCUUCUUUCUUAUGCCAUUUCUAUUACCGAUAAAGAGGUCGACAAUACUUUAAGGUCAAAAAGAUCCGUUGAAACUCCCAUGGAUAGUACACAGUUAGUUAUGCGACUACUCAAACAUAUUAAAUCUAAUAACGAGUAUCAAAAUAUUGCAAUUGAGAAAAUGAUGACUGCCCAAGAAAUUGCUGACAAAUACGGAAUUGAUUUCAAUCCUGAUCCCCAAAUACUAUCCGAUCUUGCGUUAGCUGCAAACGAACAGGCUGAAGAAAUGUCAGAGAUACUCAAAGAUGCAUGCGAUUUAAAAAAUGUUACUAAACGUCACGACACAGACGCUUUUCUUGACCAAAGCUUAAAUUCAACACAAAAUCUUUCUAAUACAGAACAAAAGAACAUCACUAACGUGCCAGACGUUAUGCCGCACAAAGAAAAUGAAAAUUCUGAUGGAUUUUCGCAUUACAAUUACUAUUACAAUUAUCCUUAUGAAUCGCAAAUACCAGCUCCUCCUACCCAUCAUCAUCACAAUGCGCCAGUAAGUCCACGGCCGGACUUCUACGACUACAUUUCUUUCAAUCCAGCUCUGGAAUACUCUCCAUACUGUUCCAUGGAACCGAUGUCUUCAAUAUUAUAUAUAGAUGAACCAGUGUUAUCUGAACCGGAAUUAGUUGGUGAGGAAUUUGAAGAGAUUAUAUCAUCUAAGGUUUACAUCGAUCAUGACGAAGAGCCUGGAAUGUCAUCUGUCAAUCACGUCAUGACAUAUACAAUUUCGGAGAAAUCUCAUUUCCGGACACCGCAAAUAGAAAGUCUGCCACAACAAAUGCAAUAUUAUUUCUUCCUCAUGUAAGAUUGUAUUGUUAUAAUAUAUAAUUAUUUUAAUGUAAUAUAAUUUUUAACUUUUUAAUAAAUAUACAUUGAUUUAUAA